AUGAAGCGUACUAGGCAUUUAGUUGUACGAGUAGUUCAACUUGCAGUCAUAAUAUUCAUAAGUUAUGAAAUGACACGAUUACUAUUUCAAUACAAAUGGGAUGAAAAAUUCGGCAUAUCACGAAAUGAUGGUGAUUUCUUCUACAACAUAUUACCACAUAAAAGUUAUUCAAGUUUGACGGGUAAUUUAAAUCAAACCUAUUAUGUUUCGUCACAAAUGGAGAAGUAUGAAAACAAAAUUACACUCGGAUUUACCGAGAAAGAUCUUGAAGAAUUAUAUAAAGUGAAAUCUGCUCCAGCUGCCAGAAAAAUAAUUCUUAACUAUGGAGACCUUUACAUCAAUAUUAUUCGAAACUUCUCAUUUUGUUUCGCUUGUGAUUGUGAACUGAUUUUCGAUAGAUCAAGAUGGCUUGAAGCAGAUGUUAUAAUCUUGACAGAUCACUUGUAUCCUAAAGGUCCAAGACCACCAAAUCAGUUAUGGUUCAUUUUUGUACAUGAACCUCCUCUAAAAAUCAGAAUCGCGGAUGGAUUGGAAAACAAGGUCAACUACACAAUCACUUAUCGAAUGGAUUCAACAAUUUAUCUACCGUAUCACAAUUAUGUUCCAUCUGUUGCUAGUCAUGGUCCAGAUACAAAAUACAAACUUCCUUCUCGUAACUAUGCCACUGGUAAAUCUAAAAUGGUAGCAUGGUUUGUAAGCAACUGUCAACCUAAAAGUCCAAGAAUGAUUUAUGUCAGAGAAUUGUCUCGUUAUAUUCAAGUUGAUAUUUAUGGUACUUGCGGUACUCUGACAUGCCCUAGAGAAGUCGAAGAUCAAUGUUUUUCGCUACUUGGAAAACAUUAUAAAUUCUACUUGAGUUUUGAAAAUAGUUUAUGCGCUGAUUAUAUUACGGAAAAGCUUUUCGGAAAUGCAUUCAGCCAAAAUGUAAUUCCAGUUGUGAUGGGUGCAUCAAUUGAAGAAUGUAAGCGUGUUGCUCCUCCUCAUUCAUUUAUCCAUGUGGACCAGUUUGAAUCCCCAGCAAAACUUGCCGAUUAUUUGAAGUAUUUGGACAGAAAUGAAACUGCCUAUAAUGAAUAUUUCGCAUGGCAUGAACAUGGGACUAUAGGUGCUUGGUCACCUAUGCCUCAAUGUGUUAUAUGCUUAUUAGCCCAUACUGCUCAUAAACUGAAACCGUAUAUAUUCCCAAACGUUUCGAAAUGGUGGAACGAUGGUUGUGUUGGUCGGAAAAUACGCUGGAAUUAUAUCCAUUAGCAAAUUUUUAGAGUUUUGAAUAGUACUUAUAUGACAGGUAACUAUGAUUUUGGCUCUGUAUGAUAUGAAAUAAUUAAGUUUUUAUUAGUUCGUUAUUUUUAUAAAAAGUUCACUCAAAACUAUUUAUGGGAUUCUUUAGACAAAAUAACCUGUGUUUGUCAAUAUUUCCAGUUUAUUGUCUCUACAACAUAAAUUUCUAACCAGCAUAAUCUACUUAACAGCAAUUAAUAGUAUACAAAUUGUGUAAAGAUUAAUGAAAUUGUAAAACUAUCAGUCAAUAGAAUUCAACAAUAUCUCCUUUUUACAAAAUGAAUUUCAUAUUCAAAAAUCUUCUAGAAAUGAAAAAAUGUUUUACACAAAUGUGAUGCUUU